CAUGUGCUUGUGCCGGGAGCCGUCCCCUCCCCUGCCCUGUGCCACCAAAUAUGUCCAUGCUCUCUGAUGCCUGGUCAACGGCCACCCCGGGCUGCCGUCUCCUGGCCAGACCUGGAGCUCACCGGCUAAUUUUAGAAAUGACUUGUCGACUCAGCUGCUGCUAUCACAUUGGCGCAGAGGGCGGGCGGGGGCAGGGACGGGGAGGAGCAGGCAGGGAAGGGGCCGAGUGUGAGACCGUGUGGAGGGCUGCUUGGGGCAUUUGUCCUUCGCCCCCACUUGGCCGGCUCGCUGGGGUCUCUGUGCCGCCGCCUGGGGAGACCUCUCGGGCAGGAGUUGUUCCGGUGACCCGUGGCCUCACGGGGACAAGUCUUGUGUCCGUCCGCGUCCUGUGCUGCGUGUGUCUGCGGCCCAUUCCGUGCUGCCAGGCAGAGAGCUCCAUCUCACCUCACCUCACCUCAUCUCAUCUGCCGGCCCGGCUCUGUCGCGGCAUGGCCAUCUCGUCACGCCUCGCCCUGUGGGAGCAGAAGAUUCGGGAAGAGGACAAGAGCCCGCCACCGUCCUCGCCCCCUCCCCUUUUCUCUGUCAUCCCAGGAGGCUUCAUUAAGCAGCUGGUCCGGGAGACGGAGAAAGAGUCCAAGGAGGCGAGACUGAAGAAACAGGCGGCGCUCGCCUCUCCAGAGCGAGAGACCCCAGAAAUUUCCACGAGCCAACCCAACAGCAAGUCCAACAGUGGCACCAAGUCUGGAAGCCAAAAGACUUCCCAAGACAGCCAGGCAGGCUCCCCGCAGCACCCCAACAUUCCAGGCCAGGAGGGCGAGGGGGCCGGCACCACGGAGCCGGCGCCGAUGACCACCGUCAAUGGCGAGAAGCCCCAGGAGUCGGGCCCCGGCGGGGCUCCAGCCAAAAAGCCUCUGCCCUUCAAGAGGGGUGUGAGGAGGGGUGACGUGUUGCUGAUGGUGGCCAAGCUGGACCCCGACUCGGCCAAGGUGGAGCAGAGGACUCAGCCCCAGGACGCCCCCACCUGCAAGACCCCAGCCCCAGCCACAGACCCUGGAGGGGGAAGGAAGGGGGAGUCCCCACAGGCUCCUCAUGGCCCCCGGGCCAGCCCUGAGGACACAGCCCCGAAGGCUGAGAAGACCCAGACUGGGGGUCCUGGGGGCCCAGGAACUGUGCUUCUGACAAAAGGCGAGAAAGAUCAAGGAGCAGCAGGGAAAGGGGGUGGGGCCCCCCAGGCCAAAGGGCUGAAAGGGGAGGAGCCUCAGGACACAGUCCGGCCUGUUGAGGGGGGGCCACCAGGGACAGUGGAGAAGGGGGCAGGGGACCCUCCAAACAAGGCGGCAAAGGGGAAACUCUCUAAGGACGCAGCAGGUGAAGGGAAGCUGGCUGGGGCCCAAAUCCAGGUGAAAAAGUGGGGCGGUUCCCUGGGCAGAAAGAGCAAGUGUGACGGUCCCCAGAAGAAGGACAAAGAAGGUGUGCUCCUCAGUAAGGUGGAGAAGACAGAGGAACCACAGACCAAGGGAGAGAAGGUGGACAAAGUGCAGGGGAAGGUCGGGAAGACGGCGGAGGUCCUCAGAGGGAUGGAGGAAGCGCGUGGGCCUCAGGGAGGGUCUGGGGAGGCGGAUGAGGCCGGGAGUAGGACAGAGAAGGGCUUCGAAGCUCCCAAGGAGGUGGGUGAACAUGGGGAGGCCCCAGCAGCUGCUGAGAAGGAGCGGCAGCCAGAUAGCAGGGGGCAGGACGCUGGGCAGCCCUGCCAAAGGGCGGAUGGCAGGGCCGAGGCCCUGCAGCCGGAGCCGGGAGGACCCAGAGUGCCUGCCCCGGGGAGCCCGGCUGAAAGGCCUCUGGUGCCGGAGAACCCAGAGGGGCCAGCGCUGCCGGAGGGGAGCGGAGGAAGCCCGAGUGGAGCCUCGGCCCAGGCUCCCGAGGACAGAUGGUACGAGGCAGAGAAAGUCUGGCUGGUUCAGAAGGAUGGCUUUACUCUUGCAACGGUGCUUAAGCCAGAUGAGGGCACAGCCGACCUGCCGGCGGGAAGGGUGCGACUUUGCAUCGAUGCCGACAAAACCAUCACUGAGGUGGACGAAGAGCAUGUUCAUCGGGCCAACCCCCCUGAGCUGGACCAGGCCGAGGACCUGGCCUCCCUGGUCAGCGUCAACGAAUCCAGUGUCCUGCACACGCUUCUGCACCGCUACCGGGCUCAGCUGCCGCACACCUUCAUGGGGCCAGACCUGAUCAUCCUCCAGCCCCGGGGGCCGCCGGCACCCUCUGCAGGCAAGGUGCUCAGGGGCCGCCGGGAUGGCCUGCCUGCCCACGUCACCUCUCUGGCCCAGCGGGCAUACUGGGCGCUGCUAAGCCAGCGGAGAGACCAGAGCAUCGUGGCCCUGGGCCGAAGCGGCGCUGGGAAGACCACCUGCUGCGAGCAGGUCCUGGAGCACCUGGUGGGGAUGGCAGGCAGUGUGGAUGGCAGUGUCUCAGUGGAGAAGAUUCGAGCCACCUUCACUGUCCUCCGGGCCUUUGGCUCCGUGUCCACUGGCCACAGCCGCAGUGCCACCCGAUUCACCAUGCUGAUGUCACUGGACUUCAGUGCCACAGGCCGCGUCACAGCUGCUCAGCUCCAGACGAUGCUUUUGGAGAAGAGCCGCGUGGCACGGCAGCCGGAAGGGGAAGGCAACUUCGAGGUCUUCUCCCAGAUGCUGGCAGGACUGGACCCGGAUCUCAGGACAGAGCUGUACCUGCACCAGAUGGCAGACAGCAGCUCCUUCGGCAUGGGCGUGUGGUCCAAGCCUGAAGACAAGCAGAGGGCGGCCGCUGCCUUCGCCCAGCUGCAGGGCGCCAUGGAGACGCUGGGCGUUUCGGAGAGUGAACAGCGAGCCAUUUGGCAGGUGCUGGCAGCCAUCUACCACCUCGGCGCGGCGGGGGCCUGCAAAGUGGGCCGGAAGCAGUUCAUGCGGUUCGAGUGGGCAAACCGCGCAGCCGAGGCCCUGGGCUGUGAGUACGAGGAGCUGAACACGGCCACCUUCAAGCACCACCUGCGGCAGAUCAUCCAGCAAGUGACGUCGGGGCCGAGCCGACGAGGCCUCGAGGAUGAGGAGGCCAGCUCAGGGCUCAAGAUGACGGGCGUGGAGUGUGUGGAGGGGAUGGCCUCGGGCCUGUACCAGGAGCUCUUCGCCGCCGUGGUCUCUCUCAUCAACAGAUCCUUCUCCUCCCGUCACCUGUCCAUGGCCUCCAUCACGGUGGUGGACUCUCCGGGCUUCCAGAACCCCCGGCACCAGGGCAAGGACCGGGCGGCCACCUUCGAGGAGCUCUGUCACAACUACACUCAGGAGCGCUUGCAGCUGCUGUUCUACCAGCGGACCUUCGUCUCCGCGCUGGAGCGGUACCGGGAGGAAGGUCUCCCCGUGCAGUGUGACCUCCCGGAGCCGUCCCCGGGGACCACAGUGGCCGUUGUGGAUCAGAGUCCCUCCCAGGUCCGCCUCCCGCCUGGGGGAGGUGUGGAGGAUGCCAGGGGCCUUUUCUGGGUCCUGGACGAGGAGGUGCGGGUGGAGGGCUCCAGCGACAGCGUGGUGCUCGAGCGUCUCUGUGCAGCCUUCGAGAAGAAAGGGGCUGGGGCCGAAGGGACCUCUGCCCUGCGACCCUGUGAGCAGCCCCUGCAGUGCGAGGUCUCCCACCAGCGGGGACAGGACCCCGUGCGUUACGACCUCACCGGCUGGCUGCACAAGGCCAAGCCCAACCUCUCGGCCCUGGACGCGCCCCAGGUCCUGCAGCAGUCGAAGAGGGAGGAGCUGAGGAGCCUGUUCCAGGCUCGGGCCAAGCUGUCCCCCGUGUGCCGGGCUGUGGCCGGCCUGGAGGGCACCUCCCAGCAGGCCCUGCAGAGGAGCUGCGCCGUGAGGAGGGUUUUUGCCAGCAGCUUUGCCGCAGUGAAGAGGAAAGCCCCGUGCUCCCAGAUCAAGCUACAGAUGGACGCGCUGUCCAGCGUGAUCAGAAGAUCGCAGUUAUACUUCAUCCACUGCCUGGUGCCGAGCCUGAUGCUGGAGAGCAGGGGCGGGCAGGGGCCUCCGACCCCGCCGCAACCUGGCGGGGACAGACCCGGGGCUGGCGGGGCCCUGCCCGUGGACAUCCCGGCGCUGAGGGCCCAGCUUUCAGGGUCCUGCAUCCUGGAGGCGCUGCGUCUGCACAGGACAGGCUAUGCUGACCACAUGGGGCUCGCCCGGUUCCGCCGGCGGUUCCAGGUGCUGGACCCCCCGCUCGCGAAGAAGUUCCUGUCGGCCACCGAGGGAAUAGACGAGAGGAAGGCAGUGGAGGAGCUCCUGCGGACGCUGGACCUGGAGAAGAAGGCCGUGGCCGUGGGGCACAGCCAAGUUUUCCUGAAGGCGGGCGUGGUCUCCAGGCUCGAGAAGCAGCGAGAGAAGCUGGUGUCUCACAGCAUCGUCCUGUUCCAGGCCGCCUGCAAGGGCUUCCUGUCGCGCCAGGAAUUCAAGAAGCUGAAGGUCCGUCGGCUGGCCUCGCGAUGCAUCCAGAAGAACGUGGCCGUGUUCCUGGCGGUCAAGGGCUGGCCGUGGUGGCAGCUCCUGUGCUCCCUCCGGCCCCUGCUGAGUGCCACCGUCGGGGAUGAGCAGCUCCGCGCCAAGGAGGAGGAGCUCACCGUGCUGAAACAGAAGCUAGAAAGAUCGGAGAAGUCUCGGCAGGAACUCCGGCAGAACUCAGACCUGCUGGAGAGCAAGAUUGCUGACCUGACCACAGAGCUUGCUGAUGAGCGCUUCAAAGGGGACGUGGCCUGCCAGGUGCUGGAGAGCGAGCGGGCAGAGCGGCUGCGGACCUUCCGGGAGGUUCAGGAGCUGAAGAGCAAGUAUGAGCAGGUCCAGAAGAGUUUGGGAGAAGUGGAGAAACAGCUGGAAGAAGCCCAGCAGAAAAUUCAGUUGAAUGACUCGGAAAGGAGUCUCGCUGGAGGAGCGGACGAGUGGCAGGUGCGCUUCGACUGCGCGCAGAUGGAGAACGCGUUUCUCAGGAAGCGUCUGCAGCAGUCUGAGGAGAGGCUGGACGCGGAGCUGACGGCCAGGCGGGAGCUGGAGCAGCAGCUCAGGGAGGUGCAGAGUGCUUACGAGGGGGCCAAGAAACUGGCGCACCAGCUGAAGAGGAAGUGCCGCCACCUGACCUGUGACCUGGAGGACACCCGCGUCCUGCUGGAGAACCAGCAAAGCCGAAACCACGAGCUCCAGAAGAAGCAAAAUAAGUUUGACAUGCAGCUCGCGCAGGCCCUGGGUGAGUGUGUGUUUGAGAAGGGACUCCGCGAGAAGGUGAGCCAGGAGAAUACCAGCGUCCGGUGGGAACUGGGCCAGCUUCAGCAGCAGUUGAAGCAAAAGGAGCAGGAGACGUCGAAGCUGAAGCAGGAGGUGGAGAUGCUGCAGGGCCAAAAGCGCGAGCUGCUGCAGUCGCCCUCACUGGGGGAAAGCGGCCUCGCUGGCUUGAAAGACAGGCUCUGGAGGCUGGAGUCCAGCGCCCUCGAGCAGCAGAAAGUCCAGAGCCAGCAGGAAAACACCAUCAAGCAGCUGGAGCAGCUCCGCCAGCGGUUUGAGCUGGAGAUAGAGCGGAUGAAGCAGAUGCACCAGAAGGACCGCGAGGACCAGGAGGAGGAGCUGGAGGACGUCCGCCAGUCCUGCCAGAAGCGGCUCCGCCAGCUGGAAGUGCAGCUGGAGCAAGAAUACGAGGAGAAGCAGAUGGUCCUCCACGAGAAGCAGGAUUUGGAAGGCUUGAUCGGAACGCUGUGUGAUCAGAUCGGCCAUCGGGACUUUGACGUGGAGAAGCGUCUCCGGAGGGACCUGAGGAGGACUCACGCGCUGCUGUCAGAUGUGCAGCUCCUUCUGGGGACCAUGGAAGACGGCAAGACGUCGGUCAGCAAGGAGGAGCUGGAGAAAGUGCACAGCCAGCUGGAGCAGAGCGAAGCCAAGUGUGAGGAUGCCCUGAAGACCCAGAAGGCGCUGACCGCGGACCUGGAGAGCAUGCACAGCGAGCUGGAGAACAUGACGCGGAGCAAGAGCCUGGUGGACGAGCAGUUGUACCGGCUGCAGUUUGAGAGAGCGGACCUCCUGAAGCGCAUCGAUGAGGACCAGGAUGACCUGAACGACCUCAUGCAGAAGCACAAGGACCUCAUUGCUCAGUCUGCUGCUGACAUUGGGCAGAUCCAAGAACUGCAGCUGCAGCUGGAGGAAGCCAAGAAGGAGAAGCACAAGCUGCAGGAACAACUGCAGGUGGCUCAGAUGCGCAUCGAGUACCUGGAGAAGUCCACCGUGGACCGAGCCAUUGUCAGCAGGCAGGAGGCGAUCAUCUGUGACCUGGAGAACAAGACGGAGUUCCAGAAAGUGCAGAUUAAGAGAUUUGAGGUCCUGGUCAUCCGGCUUCGGGACAGUCUCAUCAAGAUGGGCGAGGAGCUCUCGCAGGCGGCCGCGGCCGAGUCCCAGCAGCGGGAAAGCAGCCAGUAUUACCAGCGGCGCCUGGAGGAGCUGAAGGCGGACAUGGAGGAGCUGGUGCAGCGGGAGGCGGAGGCCAGCCGGAGGUGCAUGGAGCUGGAGAAGUACGUGGAGGAGCUAGCCACCGUGAGACAGACCCUGCAGACGGACCUGGAGACGUCCAUCCGGAGGAUCGCCGACCUGCAGGCGGCCUUGGAGGAGGUGGCGUCCAGCGACAGUGACACAGAGAGCGUCCUGACAACGGUGGACUGUGGCGGCAGUGGCAGAAAAGAGAUAGAUAACGUCUCCCUCCUGAGCUCCCAGCCAGGGGACAGUCUGCAGUCCUGGCUGAGUUGUACCCUGUCCAUGGCCACGGACACCAGGAGGACCCCCUCUCGACAGUCAGCCAUCAGCAGCCACAUCCUCAGCCCCAGGGCGAACGAGGAGGCCGGGGACACCGAAGGGACCCAGCGGGCGUCUGCACUGAACAGAGCCCGGGACGUCCCUAGCCAGACCUCGGGGGACAAGUCCCUUUCUCCCCUUUCCCGCCACCGGCAGAGGUACAGCCACUUGGGGGAUGGCGAAGAGUGUGACAUCCAGAGAAAGCCCGCCGAGAUAUUAGGAGCUGUGUCUUUGUCUCCAACUUCUCCGAGGACAGACACGUCCAUGGUGUCUCGGGAGAAGCUGCCGAGUCCUUCGGCGGCUCUGUCCGAGUUCGUGGAAGGGCUCCGGAGGAAGAGGGCUCAGAGAAGCCAGGGGUCGCCGCUGGGCCUGGAGGACUGGCCCACUGUCCCCAUCUACCAGACCACCGGGGCAUCCACGCUGCGGAGGGCCAGGGUGGGCAGUGACGAGGGCCACCUCCUGCUGAGGUCUGGGGCAAAGUCCCUCCUGGAAACGGAGGACUCGGCCAGGGCAUCGGCUGGCCUCCUGCGGUCCACCAGCCUGAAAUGCAUCGCUUCCCAGCGCGGGGACAGCAGCCCGCUGCUCCCCGAGAAGCCGAAGACCCGGUUCAGUUCCUGCGAGUCUCUCUUAGAAUCAGGGCCAGGUGCGGGGAGAAAUCUGAGCCCCCCCACCACACCCAGGGACACACUCCUGUCGCCCGUACUGCGUCCUCGGAGGCGCUGUCUGGAGUCUUCACUGGACGACGCCGGCUGUCCAGACCUUGGGAAGGAGUCACUCGUCUUCCAGAAUCGCCAGUUCGCCCACCUAAUGGGGGAACCACUGGGCAGCGACCCGUUCAGCUGGAAACUCCCGAGCCUCAACUAUGACCGCAAGACCAAAGUGGACUUUGACGACUUCCUCCCGGCCAUCCGGAAGCCUGAGACCUCCCGGUCCUUGGCCAGAGCGUCCGAAGACGGGAGAGACAGUUCGCUGCACGCGAGCGCCCACUUGGAGGCUGAAGGGGCCGGCCGGACCUUUCUCUCGGGGAUCAAGACCAUUUUGAAAAAGAGCCCGGAGUCCAGGGAGGACCCCGCUCACCUGUCUGACUCGUCCUCCUCGUCCAGCUCCAUCGUGUCCUUCAAGAGCGCCGACAGCAUCAAGAGUCGACCGAGAACCCCACGGCCGGAGGGCGACGGCCGUGAGCGAAUGUCCCCCGCCCCCAGAGAGGCGGGGACCGGCGGGAGAGACCAGGACGUGGAGAGCAUAAUGAAGAAAUACCUCCAGAAGUAGGAAUGGGCUCAGCCUCCUGAGAUGCACUGCCCUCGAAGACACCCCGACUCGACAGAGGCAGGCCCCCCUGGCCUCCCCGGGGGGCCCUCAGUCCCAACAGAGCCAGCGUGGCCGCCCUCAAGAGACGAGAGGGGCCCAGCAGAGGCCUAUCCCGCGGAGUGUGGGGCUCCCGGCGUGCUUGGUCUGCACAAAAUAAAGUGUUGGCUCCUUGGCA